AAAGUGUAUAAAUAUGUACUGUGAAAGUCUUUCGGGAAUUAAUGCUUCUGAAAUUUUGUGUAUGUAUCAUAAUUUGUAUAGUUUUGAAACUAGAAAUUUUAAAUAGGCAAAAGUGCCGGAUUUAAACUAGGAAUUAAUUAUUAUCUAUCUCAUUGAACUAUUGCAAAUUUUGGUGUAAAUGCAAAAUUUUAUCAGCAUAAAAACCACAAAAAACUUUGCAUAAAUGAUGUGUACAAAUGUCAAAACCAUGGGUUGUGCACGUCAAAACAUUGUCAUAACCUCUUUUUAGUUCUAUUCCUUGCGGUCGCGUUCCUUGCAUUUUACGAGCGAUCGCGAGUGCUUCCGAUUAUACUUCGGCUUAGCCAUUGCAUUUUACAUAUGUGUGCAAGGUGUGCAAGCUCACCGAUUUAGGCAAUAUAUAUAGCAUAUAGCAAACCACCUAAGCUUGGGACUUUUGGCCGCGAGGGGGCAGACUUUCAAAGGAAAGAGCGAUUUGGAGCGAUUUGCAUUACAUGAGUGAGUCUGUGAAAGUAGCUGUACGAUGCCGGCCAAUGUCCCAACGUGAACUGCAACAAAGAUGCAAGAAUGUCAUCACAAUUGAUCCACAAAGUAAAACCUGCACUCUCGAUGGCACCGAUACUGGAAAAGUUUAUCAAUUCGAUGCAGCAUUUGGUACAGAAUCAACAACUGAAUCUGUUUACGAAGCCGUGGGUUCUGUUGUUGUCGAAGCAGUUUUGGAAGGCUACAAUGCAACUGUUUUCGCAUAUGGACAAACCGGUUGCGGGAAAUCCUUCACAAUGCAGGGAUUCAUUGACCGUGCACUCGAGCAUCUAUUCGAAGCGACAUCGACGAGUAGUCAGGACACGCGAUAUUUGGCAUUGCUCAGCUAUUUGGAGAUAUACAAUGAGAAACUUCGCGAUCUGCUGCAGGACAGUGGAGGUGAAAAUCUCCUUCAAUUAAAGGAGGAUCCCUCGCGUGGUACUUAUGUCGCCGGCGGCCUUAGGGAGGUGACCGUUAAGAAUGCAAUUGAAUGCGGUCGUCUCGUUGAGCAAGGGAAUCGUCGUCGAAUUGCUGCCGCUACAAAAAUGAAUCAGGCCAGCUCCAGAAGUCACGCGGUAUUAACACUCUCGUUGGAGGCGAUUGCAAUUAACGACGAUGAUAAACGUGGCAAUGCCGUGAGACGUGGCCGGCUCCAUCUCGUUGAUCUCGCUGGCUCCGAGAGACAAACGCGAACAGGUGCAACAGGUGAUCGACUCAAGGAAGCUGCGAGUAUUAAUCUCAGUCUCUCAGCGCUUGGCAAUGUUAUUAGCGCCCUUGCCGCUGGUAAUGGUCGUCAUGUUCCCUACAGAGACAGCAAAUUGACCCGACUCCUCAGAGACAGCUUGGGAGGAAACGCGAGAACAUUAAUGAUCGCUUGCGUGAGUCCAUCGGACGCCGACGGAGACGAAACACUAAGUACAUUACGUUAUGCGGCACGCGCCCGUUGCAUAAAAAAUAAGCCAAUUGUUAAUGAAGAUCCAAAGGACGCUCUAUUAAAACAAUAUCAAAUUGAAUUACAAAGACUGCGUAAACUUCUCGAAUCAAGUGAUCAAAAUCCUCGAUUAGAUUUAAAUUCCCCCGAGAAAGAUGACAAUAAUAGUAGAAAUAAUGAGGAAAUUGAAAACUUACGAAGGGAAUGUGAAAAUUCCAAUAAUUCGGCACUAAAAUUGAAAGAGGAGUUAUCAGCUCUUAGAUCGCGUUUCGAAUCGGAGCCCAUUAAAGAAAUGAAUUAUUUAAAUUUAGAGGAGAAACGAGUGGAAUUAUUGAAUGAUAGGGAGCGGAGGGCGGAUGAUGAUGAAAUUGAUCCGCUUGAGGAGAAAAGAAGACGGAAAAGAGAAGCGGCACGUCUUGAAGUUUUAAAGAGAUUGGAAAAAUUGACGAUUGGUGGUGAGGCGCGAAGUAACGAUGAAGUUAGGAGACGUCGUGAGAGGAGACGCAAGCGUUUGGAAAUUUUGGCCACUGCUUUGGAGGCUGAUUCACAGGAGGGAACGGGCGCUGCAUUUCAAGUUUAUGGACAGCUCAAAACAGCCGAGGAGGCGCUCAAAAGAAUGGCGAAAAGGGCACGACAACUCGAAAUUGAAGCUGCGGAUCUUCAGGCAUCGUGGGACGCGGAAAGAAGAGAUCUAUUGCGACGGGAAUUGUUGGGGACACAAUUGUGCGAUGCGAUGCUCCCUCACCUUCGACCUGGCUGUCCAUUUCGUGACCUGGAGGCCAUCAGGUCCGCGGCCACUUGGUGUGAUGAAUUAAAUCGCUGGCGUUUGCCAAACGUUUCCUCGGUAUCACUACGAAUCUCUCUUCCGCCACCUGCUCAAUCACGUGAAUUAAUCACCACCAGCUUUGGCAUCGACUCUAAAUCAGAUCAAAACAAUAAUAACAAUAGCAAUAAUAAUAAUCAUCAUCACAACAGUAACCAUAAUAGUAACAAUAGUAAUAAUAGUAGCAGUAAUAAUAGUAAUAGUGGUAACGAUGAUGAACGAGACAGUGGUGAUGAAGGUGGCGAAAGUGAGCCGAAAGUGUCAAAAUGGAAAGACAUCGCCGACACCUACUUUCGUAGAAACAGGAUCGACGAACUUCUAGCUCAUGCACGCGAGGCCAAAACAUUCGAUUCGAGUGCGAGAAUAAGUAAAUCUGGUGGCUCGGAUGAAUUGAUUUCAAAUAUUGGAGGAAAUGUUCACGCUCAAAUUGGUUCAUUAAAUUUACAGACGAGCGCAUCGGCGAGUUCGGAAACAAAUUUCAAGACACAACGACUUCCAAUUACCCGACCAACUGGUUGGCUUGCUGAUGACAAUGUCAGUGGCAGUAAAUUGCCAACAUACUCAAGUGUGCCGAUAAUAAAAAAAAAUCCACCCAGAAUUCUCGAGGCUCUGCCUUCGUACCCUCUUGGAAAUUCUUUUGCAUUACCAUCACAUCUCAAAGAUAGAAGCAUUUCCUCGUCAUUGUCGCCGGAAGACGUGACUUAUCAAUCGCAUUCGCCAACAAGCUAGCGAUAAUUUUACACAUUUCAUGAUCGAAUCAAAAUUUAAAACAAUGAGAAGAGAAAAAAGAAAUUAAUGCAUCAAAAUUAUUAAUUUAACUUUUCAAUAUCUUUUUCAAUUUAUUUUAGAAAUUAUUAUUUAUUUGUAAAUCAAAAUUAUUUUUAUUUACUUUAAUUCACUUUUAAUUAACUUUUUUAAUUUCCUAUUAAAAUUAUAGAAAUAUCUUCAGUUUCUUUAUUGUGCUGCAAAAGAAUUGAA